GGCACUAUUGCCCAAAGGCUGUGGAGGACACAUUAUUUUUUAUUUUGAUCCCAAGACCUUUGCAAAAGUAUGUCUAAAUGUGCCGCACCAAUUAAAAUUAUGUUCUGAAAAAACAACAGAUGGGUGAAAAGUGUUUUGAUUAUGCUUAUGCAGAGAUUACAGAGUUUCUAAUGUUUUCUAAUAGGUUGGCGGAGGGGGUUUUUUUUGUUUUGUUUUUGUUUGGUUGUGUUUGGGUUUUUUGUGCAGUUUUUUUUUUGUUGUUUUUUGGGUUUGUUUUUUGUUUGUUUGUAUGAUUACAUUUAGUUUUUUUUAUGAUGGAGGAGAGAUAUAAUAUUACAUUUUUAUAAAUUCCAAAAGAUUAUGGAUUGUGGUUAAGACAAGUAAUAUAGUAAUUUACCUUUCCUCUAGUUUCUCAAAAGUUCAUAUCUAAGUACAAUUAAAAUAGGUGAAGUUAGAUGAAAGUGGGAAAAUACCAUUCAGACCCUUUCUCACUGAAGUCAGUUUAUUUCUGCACUAAUAAAAUUCAACAGAUCUUUUCUAAAUUGUAUGACCGUGAGUAUGGCCAAAGCAUUGCACAGAAUUCUCAGACCCAGGGACUCUUCAUGAAGAAAACCAAAUUAAAUCACUGAGUCACCAUAAAUAGAUAUUAAUUAUUCCUCAGAAAUAUUGUGGGUUUUAUGUAUAAAUACUGUAUUUGUGACAUUAAAUUGUCAUAGAUUCCUUGUCAAUACCAGAGUACCUACAGUCCAUCCAUUUUCUUCUCUUUCAGAAAAGAACUCAGAAUGCAGACCUUUGUAAAUGUUUUUCUGGGAUUUUUUAUCUUUGAGUCUGUUGGAGCUGUCCCUAUCAGUGAUACCAUAAUUUAUGAUUCUGAGUUUUAUGACAUACCACUUGGAGAGCUGCCUCAUCCAUUUGCCUAUGAUAAAAACAAGCAGUCUGACCAUGCAGAGACAGACAUUGGGGCAGAACUACCCUCUGUAAUUCAAGAGAGUUUUUCUUCUGUAUCACUGACUGAAGAAACGGAGGAUGAAGUGUCAACGCCAAAAUUAAUUGACGGGUCUUCAGCACAGGGGUCAGGGGUUCUUGGACCCCAGACUAAAGAUGGUCUUCCCACUUGCCUUUUAUGUACAUGCCUAGGAACCACAGUCUACUGUGAUGAUCGUGAGCUUGAUGCUGUUCCACCAUUGCCUAAGAAAACCACAUAUUUCUAUUCACGCUAUAACAGAAUCAAGAAGAUCAGCAGAAAUGACUUUGCUAACUUAAACCAUUUAAAGAGGAUUGAUUUGACUGCGAACUUCAUAUCAGAUAUCCACAAGGAUGCCUUCGGAAGAUUGCCUCAACUUCAGGAGCUGGUGCUCCGUGACAAUAGGAUAAGGCAACUCCCUGAGUUACCAUCUACCCUAACGUUCAUUGAUGUCAGCAAGAACAGGCUUGGUCACAGAGGGAUACCAAAUGAGGCAUUUAAAAAUCUGGGUGAACUGCAGCAUCUUUAUAUCACUGAUAAUAACUUGGAUCACAUUCCAUUGCCACUCCCGGAAAGCCUCCAAGCUCUCCAUCUUCAGAACAACAACAUUCAAGAGAUGCAUGAAGAUACUUUCUGCAAAAUGAGAGAUUUUACUUAUGUACGUAGGGCUCUAGAAGACAUCAGACUGGAUGGUAAUCCCAUCAACCUGAGCAAAACACCUUAUGCAUACAUGUGUCUACCCCGUCUGCCAGUUGGUAACCUCAUCUAA